AUGUUACUAGAAUUUGUAGUUCUUGUGAUAUCAUCUAUACUAUACUUUAUAUGCGAGACAAGUCUUUGUUUAUAUUAUAUUAUGGGAGAGAAUUCGCAUUUUUCCCAUAAAAUUUAUAAAAAUAAUCCUUUAUUAUUUAAAAGUUAUAUUGGUAUGAAAGUGAAUAUUUUAACUGAAGAUAAUACCAUGAUAUCUGGUGUUGUUUAUACAGUUGAUCCAGUAUCGGAAAGUGUUGUAUUGUUACAAGGCUGCCAACAAAAUAAUUUAAAAAUCAUAUUUGGUCAUGCAAUAAAAAAUAUAAAUAUCUGUUCAAAUCAAUCAUAUGAAUUACCAGAAUUGUUUACAAAUGCUCCAGUAAAUAUUCUUCAAACCACAUUAGAGGAACGAAAAAAUGCUGUGAUAAAACUACUUCGAGAAAAUAGAUUCCCUGUAAAAGAACAAAAUGACAUUUUAACAAUAGAAAAUAUACUUUCUAUAAAACCACCAUAUGAACCAUCUGAUUGCAUAUGCGAUAAUAGCAUUAUUUUACGAAGAAUUCAAAGCUUUCUUUCUCGUAUACAAAUUUGAAGUUUAUGCUUUUUUUAAAACAAUAUUUAUAUAUUCUUUAUUUAAUUGAAAGAUUAAAUAAGUAAUUAUAAAAAAAUACAAAUUGUUUUAAAAAAAAUUUCUUUAUUUUUUAAAAUCUGAAUUAUAUCUCUUUUUAUUACUAUAAAAUAUUUUAUUUUUCGCACAUCACAUAUCAUCUAAAAUAAAAUUUUAUUUGAUAUAAAUUAAUCGCAGAUGAAAAUUUCAUUUACAAUUGAAUUGAAUUUUAAUAUAAAUAUGUAGAUGCUUAUCAAUAUCAAUUUUCAUUUUUUUUGUUACAUAUGUAUAUUAAUGAAAAAUAAAUCAAAAUAAUAAUUUCUUACAAA